ACACCUCCACGGGGCUGUUAUGCGCACAAUCUGUGACUUCUAAAAUGCCCUGCUGCGACUCUUGCGUCAACAUGUUCACGGGUCGACCACCACCAUGGAUAUUAGCGUCAUUAGCUCUUGAAUGUAAUCGGUAUUUCUGUAUUACUGAAAUGGGCCAAGGCGCCACAAAAGCAACGCUGCCGGCUUAAAUUGAGGUGUGCAGGAUGGGCGAGCGAGCUGUCAGCGGCCCUGUGGCUGCUAUCUCACCAGUGCAGCAGAUGCUGGCUUCUGGCACCGGGGCCCUCCUCACAUCUGUCUUUGUCACACCGCUGGACGUUGUGAAGAUCCGGCUGCAGGCUCAGCAAACACCGUUCCGCCAAGCGUUAGCCCGUAAAGCAGCUCCGUGGGGUGACAUCAUCCGCCCGUCCAAGUGGAAGUGUUUCUUGUAUUGUAACGGGCUGAUGGAUCACGUCUACGUGUGUCAGAACCGAACCAGUUGUACGAGCUGGUACAAAACGCCGACGCAUUUCAGCGGGACGCUUGACGCGUUUGUGAAAAUCACUCGACAUGAAGGACUCCGGUCGUUGUGGAGCGGUCUGCCACCGACGCUUGUCAUGGCUGUACCUGCCACCGUCAUCUACUUCACCUGCUACGACCAGCUGAGGGACUUCCUGAGACACGGUCUGGGUUUCCAGGGGAGUCAUAUCCCUCUUGUUGCCGGGGGUCUGGCCAGAUUGGGUGCUGUGACGGUGAUCAGCCCUCUGGAGCUGGUCAGGACUAAGAUGCAGUCCCGUCGGCUUCCCUACAGCGAGCUGCGGGAGUGCAUCCGCUCGUCCGUGGCCCAGGACGGCCUGCUGUCUCUGUGGAGGGGCUGGGGUCCCACCGUGCUCAGAGACGUCCCCUUCUCUGCAUUGUACUGGUUUAACUAUGAGCUGGUGAAGGCCCACCUGUGUGAAAAGUCCCAAGUGACUCAGGCCAACUUCUCCAUCAGCUUCACAGCCGGAGCCGUUUCUGGAGCUAUUGCUGCGAUCCUGACGCUGCCGUUUGACGUGGUGAAGACACGGAGACAGAUUCAGCUGGGAGAAAUGGAUACUCUAGGAGUGUGCUCUAAGAGAACCACGUCCACAUGGCACAUCAUGAAGGAAAUAUGGGCAGAGCUGGGCUACAGGGGCCUUUUUGCAGGUUUCAUGCCCCGGGUGAUCAAGGUGGCCCCGGCCUGUGCUGUCAUGAUAAGCACCUACGAGUUCGGGAAGGCUUUCUUCCAAAAGGUGAACCUCGAUCGAGACGGGCCGCUCUCCUAAAGGCUGUCUGUGCAGGAGGUUCUCCACAGCAGCACCAGCAGACAUUGUUAUCAGCUUAGUGCUCCUCAAAGUAUAAAGAGGGGGGGGGGGGGAGAGUUGAGGAACAGGCGGGCCUGGACUUGGGGUUUGAGUGAACCCAGAAGGAAAGAUGCUUUAAGGGAAGCUUCUUCCUGCAAAUCUGCUCUCUUGGAAGGUUCACCACAGACUGUGAUAAAUCAUCCUUGAACUUUUUAAUGAAGUCUACACACAGAGAGAUACUAAGUGAGAUACUCAAAGACUACAGACUUGAUGUGUGUUGAUUAGUAGGUAAAGGUCUUACAUGUACCUUUUAAAAAGAGAAUGAUUUGACUUUGCUUAACAGGAGAAACCUUUACCCCCCAAAGAAAUCUGACACAUCUGUGCACAAACAUUACAGGUUCAACACCACCAUUAAAGACACUGAAACAACUGACCUUUGAUGCGGGACAGUGGUGGGAGGUUUAUUUUUUUUCAUGGACUGCAUGAGCCUCAGGAAACAUUUCUUCACUUUGCAUCGCUAGAGAGUCGAGACCAGCUGCAUGGUGGGAAAAGCCGUAUUCAAUAAAGAAUCCCGCAUAAGCAUUUACUACACUACCCUGCAUUCCUGUAACAGUACAGCAUGAUGUAUCAGUCGGUACAUGACUGACAAAUCUGUUAAAUAUGGUGGAGAGGUGUGGUCGUUCGUAGCACUUGACAUUUGCAAGAUUCAUGCUGUGAAAUACAACCAUACAAAUGAAGUUUUGUUCUUAGUUAAAUGUAAGCCUUCCUGUAUGUUAUCAUAACGGGACAAAGGUUGGGCUUCAUGGAAAAAAAUAAAUAAAAAUCAGUAGCGCCUUCUCGGACAAUGUGGGAUCAACUGUGCAUGAAUUUAGCAUUUUAGCUGAAAUGGUACUGCAAGAGUUCAUGAACAUAUCUGAUUUAUUCUGUGAAUGAAUACCAUCACAAGUUAUAAGGUGAUGUGUUAAAAAAAAAAACAACUCGAAAGGCUUCCUGGUGGUGACAUGCUUGAAUUUCUUUACUACAAUAACAUUUCAUUAAAGAUCUACUCCAA